AUGUUUCUGUCGUACUUCACAGUGCCCAUGUUCUCUUUCAUGAUACUGUUGAAUUUAUUCUUGUUGUACUCGCCCAUCGAGUCGGAGACGAACGGCAAGUGGUACGAUACGUGCAAGAAGUGUCAGGCUGACCCUUGCUACAAACAAUUUUAUAGGCCGUGCCUUUUCAGAAACAACAAGUUCUACUGUUUUACGUGUCAUUCCAAAAAUGGCCACAGAAAGUUCUACACCGAAAACGGAUGCCAGAAGCAAUGCACGCAAAUGGGGAUGAUGUGCGUUUGUUUAGACUCGUGUUACGAGUGCGUUGCAAAAGGGGCCAGGUCUAAUCCAGCGAGUUGCAGGGAGGCAACCGAUGAUGAAUAUAAAAGUGCACUUAAGGUGCAAAUAUGUUUCGUACGACACCACCAGCACGCCCUCCGUGAGAUUAUAAUUAAAAUAAUACUAUGA